AUGGCUUCCUUCCUAACACCGCUGGCCCUCCUUACGCUUGUGCUGGCCGUCUCUUGCAUGCCGGCACCCACGUCCGUCCCCACUGCCGGCAACUCAACCGCCGCAAUGGCUGAGAAAAGGAAACGCUGCCUCAAUUCCCUCCCCCUCGUGUGCAACGUCGUUGCGACCAAGGGCUACAAUUGCACCGGCUACGUCAAAUUCGACCCCGUCUUCAUCAUGAACCGGCGCGGGAUGCCCUCCUGCCACGCACGUGUCCGUGCAAACCUCAAAGGCUUGUCCCCCGGCCGCCACGGCUUCCACAUCCACACCUACGGCGACAUCCGCGGGCUGGACGGCUCCUCCACCGGUGGUCAUUUCACUAACGUCAAGGGAGACGAUCUUCCGCAUGGGUAUGCGUCGUCGCCCGCACGACACAUGGGCGACCUUAACAACGUCAUGGCCAGGGCGAAUGGGGAGGCUAAAUACUCUAGGGAAGAUAACGUGAUUAGGUUGGGCGCCAUUCGGGGGAGGGGCAUCACCAUCCAUCAAGACAGGGAUAUGGGGCCCGGCUCCCAGCCCUCGGGUGCAGCUGGGGAUAGAGUGGGCACUUGUGUUAUUGGAGUCGUGGAUGCUAAGAUUGAGGUAUUUGGGGAGGAAGGCGAUGUCACUGUUGUUAAUUUUCUUGUAAACGAGAAGCCUGCGACUCCGACAUCGAGUCUGCAGAAGUUUUUAACUCACUUGCUCCCCCUCUCUGUGCACAUGUUCCUGUGCAGUAGAUACCCUUGGUGCUCCCAGGGAAGCGCUGUAAACGCUGCGCAUUCAGCGGACCUGUCCCGCCGUGAAGCGCUCGAGGAUUCCCCAGUCAGUUUCCGCAUCCAGAAAUCAAGAAGGGAGAUUGUGACGAAGUAA